AUGCGGAUAUCGACCACGGAAAGGCUAAUUCAAAAAAGGAUUGUGGAAUACGCGACCAGGGAGCAAGCGCAGAAUGCGGUCAACACUCUCAGUAACCAGAAUCUUAUGGGACGCUUAGUCUAUGUCCGCGAGGAUCGGGAACCUGAGCCUCGUUUCUCGGGCGGCCCUGCCCGUGGAGACUUUGGUGGUGGUCUUGGCCGUGGUGGAUUCGGUUACGGUGGUGGUGGCGGCGGCGGCGGCGCUGGAGGAAGACAGCUCUACGUUUCGAACCUCCCUUUCAACGUUGGCUGGCAAGAUUUGAAGGAUCUUUUCCGCCAAGCAGCUCAACAAGGCGCCGUAAUCCGUGCCGAUGUUCAUACCGACGCCUCCGGUCGCCCCAAGGGCUCCGGAAUUGUUGCUUUUGAAUCGCCCGACGAUGCGCGCAACGCUAUUCAGCAAUUCAAUGGAUACGAUUGGCAAGGACGUACCUUGGAAGUCCGUGAAGAUCGGUUCGCCGGAUCGGGACCCGGCAUGGGCCGCGGUGGCUUCGGCGGCGGUUUCGGUGGUCGUGGCGGAUUCGGCGGCCGCGGAGGUUUUGCUGGUGGCCGUGGCGGCUUUGGUGGUGGCUUCCGAGGAGGCUAUGGCGGUGGUUAUGGCGGUGCCCCUACUGGACCCGGCUUUGAGGGCGCCGCCUCGGUACCUCCCAACUCGUUCACGGAUUUCGCUACUUCCGGAGGCGACAAAGGUCCUGUGAUCUACGUGCGCAACCUUCCGUGGUCCACGUGCAAUGAGGACUUGGUGGACCUGUUCUCAACCAUUGGAAAGGUGGACCGUGCCGAAAUUCAAUAUGAGCCUAACGGCCGCUCUCGUGGAACUGGUGUCGUCCAGUUCGACAGCGGCGAUACGGCGGAGACUGCCAUUUCCAAGUUCACUGGAUAUCAGUAUGGUGGCCGCCCUCUCGGCAUCACUUUUGUCAAGUACAUGACCCCCUCGCAGGGCCAGGGCGACGUGAUGGAUGAUGUCCCACCAACCGGUGGUCUCACCCAGGACCAGAUCAUGUAA